AUGGCUGAUGAUGCAAUAACGGAUGCGAUGGAGGGUGUUGAGGAAGCUCCAGCCGAAAUAGAUCAGCCCUUAUUCACAGAGCAAGAGCAAAGAGUGCUAGAUCUUUACGCGCGGAUGGAAGAGUUGCAACUGAAUAUUGCUCUACUGAAGUCGCAGGGAACUUUAUCACAAGGUAGAGUCACUAGUUCACUUGCUCGCUUCUUGACACUGACAUACCCAGAUGAGAACGCCAACGUUACUGAGGAAGAUAUCAAAGCUGCUCAGCAAGGACUCCUGGAAGCCAAGACAGCAUAUCAGCUUCGAAAUGAUAUUGUCGAAAGUGUUUUGAUUGCGAAUCCCAUACUGAAAGCAGUUCAUGCUGGCAGUAAUGCUUCGACGGCAGAGCAGGAUUUGUUACCUUUACUGGAACAACGUGAUACGUUGUCGGUGACUCUGGCAGAUUUAUCGCGAAAAGUGUUGAAUGCCAAAAAGGAGUUAAUCAAAGUCGAGACAGAGAACGUCAAUACAAAUCGCCAAAAUGCAGAACUAGCUGCCCAGAUGAUCUCCCUUGCCAAAGAUGCAGACACUCAAAAAAGGGACAACAUGUCUCGAAAAGCACAAAAAGACUUGGCAGAAAUGGAUCAGAAGGUGAAGUCGAUUCGGCAGACCUGGAGGAUAAUGAAGGGUACGGCGAGUGGCACGAUCGUUGGUAGUGGUGUUGAUUGGGCUCGAGAUCCGGAGCUGCUUGAGAUUGUUCUGGAUAAUGAUGAAGCGGGUGAUGGGUGA